AUGAUUGCCACACGAUUGUUUUCUACUGCUAGACCUGCCCUUCGGAUUUCCAAGAGCUCUUUGAGAAAAGUCCCAUCUCCAUCGGAACAAGUACCUAGUGUUGAAGUAUUUUUGAAAACCAUUGGACGUAAAUGUGAUGAGUUCGCAGAGACUUACGAGAAUAAGUGGGAAAAUCUGUUUAAAUGGGACUCCAAGGUUCUGAAGGAAAAAGGUAUUCCACCUCAACAACGUAAAUACAUUUUAAGCCAAGUGGAAAGGGCGAGGAAGAAUGAAGCCAUCUAUGAGAUCAAGGAAGGAAAGAAGUCAUUCCUUGGCGGGGAAAGAAAGAGAAAGGAGAACGUUGCUAAAAUGAAAGCCCAGGAGAGAAACUCGUAA